AUGGCUGGCCUCACAUUCGUCGCCGUUGCUUCUCUCUUUGCUACGUUCUUUUAUGCUGCACCAACGAGUUCUAAUGUUUCUUCUACUACUUCGAGUUCGACCGCUCUACCAACUGUCGAUCUCGGCUAUGUUGUCCAGCAAGCUACCAUAAACACUGGAAACUAUUAUAACUUCUCCAAUAUCCGCUAUGCCGCUCCUCCGACCGGCAACCUUCGAUUCGCCGCCCCCGUGAAGCCAACGACCAUAAAUCGUACGCUCAACGAUGGCCAACAAGGAUCAAUCUGCGCUCAAGCAUCGCCAUACUGGGAGGAGAUUGCCUCAUACUACCUACAAGGCUACGGCACCGCGACUUUGGAAUACGUUGAGGAGGAAAUCGACGCACUCGAAGCAUCUUUGACCAUCUCUGGCCUGGCGGCUCCUGAUCCACGAACGACUGAAGAUUGUUUGUUUCUUGAUGUCAUUGUACCCGAGUCUAUCUAUACGCAGAACACUUCCGCUCCUGUUCUUGUUUGGGUUUAUGGAGGUGGAUAUGUCAAUGGCGAUAAAACUAGCACGGGCAAUCCGGCGACUUUGAUUGCUUCCAGCACGGAAGAUGGCGGUGAAGGCGUGGUUUACGUUGCGAUGAACUACCGCCUUGGACUCUUCGGAUGGUUGUCAGGCUCUACAUUCGCUGGCGAGGAUGGUAUUCCAAACGCUGCUCUUUACGAUCAACGUCUCGCAUUCGAAUGGGUUCAAGAGAACAUCCAUCUCUUCGGCGGUGACCCAACUCGAGUGACCGUCAUCGGCGAAUCAGCUGGUGCCGGAUCAAUCAUGCACCAGAUUACCGCCUACGGAGGUGCCAUUGGCUCAGCUCCAUUCUCUCAAGCGAUUCUGCAGAGUCCAGGUUUCCCACCUGUCCCAGGAGAUGCUGAGCAGGAGGCUACCUUCCAAUCCGUUCUCACCCAAGCACAAUCUCUGAUUGCCUCCAACAUUACCGAUGUGGCUGCUCUCCGCGAUGUUGACUUUGACACCCUUGCUGGUCUCAACACCAUUGUUGUUGCCCGCUCUGCUCCAUAUGGAACAUUUACCUUUGGCCCCGUUGUCGAUGGAACGUUCGUUCCCGCUAUGCCUGGUAAGCUCCUACUUGAGGGCAAGUUCGACUCCUCGCUCAAUGUCAUGGUUGGACACAACUCGGACGAAGGCCUUGAAUUCACCUCCCCAUUCCUAACCACCGAAGCGCUCCUCGAAGCCAACUUGGAAGCAGUUUUCCCUACUGCAGACAACGACACCAUCACCUACAUGCUCGACACCUUAUGGCCCGCUGUAUACGACGGCACUUACCCCUACACCACCCUCUUCGAACGCGCAUCUUUAAUCACAGCUGAAGUAUCUUUCACGUGCAAUACUCGGUACCUCGACCUUGCAUUCGACAACCUCACACACGCCUACUACUUCAACGUCCCGCCCGGACUUCACGGGGAAGAUAUCGCAUAUACGUUCUUUAACAGCGACACGACUACUUCCGAUGACGGCCUGCCGGUGAACGCGACCGUCGCAACGACGCUGCAGAAAUACAUCACCAACUUCGCCAUGAACGAUUGCGGAGACCCUAACGGUGACGGAUUACCGUUCUUUCCUUUGUAUCAGAGUAACAGCACCACGAUGGUGAUCGGAGACGGAGGAAUCGGAGGCGUGAUUACAGAUACGACUGCGAAUGAUCGGUGUGGAUGGUUGAUGCAAGCUUUGUACGCUUAGUGAUGAAUCUUAUGAUGAUGACUCUUGUAUAUACCUACUUGUCCGUACUAAUGAUCUAGACUGAAUUAAUC